CAAGGGCUGUGGUGUGGUGCUUCUCUAUCCAGUGCCAUAUGAAAGCAGUUAAACGCUGGAAUUGUUUACUGCCUAAAUUGUUGUUAGUCAGCAGAGCCAGCACACCGGAUUUCUCUGUGGCUUUUAGUGGAAAAUAUUAAAUGGUUGCUCUUUGCUCAGUUAUAGAAUUCUUACAUUUUUGGCUGAAUUAGUCACAAAAUUGGCACAAACGUAACGGCAAAGACUGCCCCAAAAAAGGGCAGUCUUUUUUUUUCUGUGCCAGAGGAAGUUGCAGGGAGAGCAGUAGCUGGCUGUGUGUGACAUGUGAGCAUUACGGGGCAUUCCAUCCUGCGAGCCUGCAGUCUGCGCUCAGCUGAGCCGCCGCUCUGCCGGGGCAGCCGGGCGGCUGCAGGGUUUAUCUGCUGUCAUAUCAUUUCGACUGUUGGGGAAAAAACCUACUAAGCAGAGCCUCCAUCCGAAGAGGAAAAUCAGGUUGGCACAGUGACAGAUGUUUGAAUAAAGAAGUUGGCUCGGAGGAGAUGCGUGGAGCCUGAUUUUAUUUUUUUUCCCCUCGCUCUCCGCCUUAAUCUGAAUGAGGACUCUCAUGGGAACUGGAUUCACAUGGCGAUCAAAAGGAGCGCUUGAGUGAUGAACUGCUUCUGCGGAAGUCUGAGGCAGUCAUUUGUGUGCAGGAGCUGGCUUAUUUUGCUGAAGCGUCCUUCUUGUUGGAAUUUGUGCCGGGCGCGUUCCCUGAUGGAGAAGCCAGAGCCGGGGGAAGGAGAACUGAGGGUGCUGCGCUGCCGGUGGCACUGAGGGGUGAGCUGCCUGCGUCUGUCGUUUGGGGAGGCUGGAUUGAGCCAACAGCGUUAUUCAAGGAGUUGCAUUGUCCCUGUGGUCUGACUCAUCGCAUGUAAAUGUGCUGCAGCCUCGCUGUACAUUGCAGAUAUUUUUAUUGCAUGGGGAAGAAUUACUUGCCUCUCUCCCUGCUCUGAAGAACUGCUGGAAAACGGAUGCAUUUUUUGGAUGGACUGUUUCUGACGCUGACGAACGGGGCUGCAGAAUCACAGAAUGGUCAGAGCCCGUGUUUAUUCUCGGACAGCAGAGAGCCCGCUACUGUUGGCUGGCAACUGACCUUGCGGGACUGGGAAUAGCCACAGCCGUCUCCGUCAGAGCAAUUGUUCGUUCUCCAGGCCAGCAGAAUGGAGCCGGUGCUCCUCCAACAAUGAUCCCCCUGUCUGCAUAGGGGGAGGCACACUGCUCAAGUUGUGCCGCUGACAAGGGCAGAUUGGCUUGGAAGGACAGCUCUUGGAGGCAGCGAGCUCUGUUGUAAUUCACUUGGGUCUGGGAUAUUUUUAUCAGCUGUUCCACAGUCUCGUCGUCGUGGUUUCGAUGUUUUGUGGAAUUUUAUUUAAAAGAACAACUUUCUUAAUUUCUCAGGGUGUUUAAAUCUGAAAAAUGGAGCUUAGAGGGGGAUUGCAAUGUCCUUUUCUAAAUAUUCAGACACCAGCAGCAGCGCUCACAAGUUUGUGAGUGUAUGUGAAACAGGUGAAAGCAUUCCCUGUAUGGUCCUUGGUGCAAUACCUGCAGUGUGCUUCCAGAAACAGAGUUGCUGGUGUUAUUCUGUUUGCUUUUGCUUCUUCAAACGGAUCGAAUGAGUCGAGUCUGUAUUGUUGUUUUGGAGGAGGAGGAAGAUGAUUCUCCCACAUUUGUUUCCAAUAUACCUCAGGAAAAUAUAUGUUUGCGUCCAUUACCUCCUGGAAAUGUGCUGCCACCGUUGGUUCAAGCUAUAUUUAAUGGAGACCCUGAUGAAGUUCGAGCACUAAUAUUUAAGAAAGAAGAUGUUAAUUUUCAGGAUAAUGAGAAAAGGACCCCUUUACAUGCUGCUGCGUAUCUGGGAGAUGCAGAAAUUAUUGAACUGCUUAUUUUAUCUGCUUGA